AUGGAACCAAUCUUACACAAUGCGGAACACAGGAUACAGACGACUGGUCUUCCCGUGCAUUCAUCUCCGCGGCGUUUACAUCCCGAUAAAUAUAAAAAUGCUAAGAUUGAGUUUCAGCAUCUGUUGGACUUAGGGAUAAUCCGUCCAUCAUCCAGCCCAUACGCUUCUCCUUUGCAUAUGGUGUCGAAAUCGGAAGCUGGAGCUUGGAGACCAUGCGGUGAUUUUCGGAGACUUAAUGCUCAAACAGUCCCGGACAAAUAUCCGAUCCCGCAUCUACAAGAUUUUGCAAUCACGUUACAAGGAGCGUCAAUUUUUACGAAGUUGGACUUGAGAAAGGCUUUUCAUCAAAUCCCUGUGGCAAAAGACGACAUCCACAAAACUGCUGUGACUACACCGUUCGGUUUAUUCGAGUUUACUAGAAUGCCCUUCGGUCUAAGAAAUGCAGCGCAGUCCUUCCAGCGACUUAUAGACGAAGUACUGCGUGGCUUGCAUUUCACAUUCGCCUAUAUUGACGAUGUUCUGAUUGCGAUCAAUAAUUCUUCAUUAUCUAUCUAUCUAUCUAUCUAUCUAUCUAUCUAUCUAUCUAUCUAUCUAUCUAUCUAUCUAUCUAUCUAUCUCGGGCUUCUUCCUAUCUAUCUAUCUAUCUAUCUAUCUAUCUAUCUAUCUAUCUAUCUAGUAUAUUUCUUUCCCCUAAUGACAAUCUAUGAAAAGAGGAAAUUGUCCAGCGUUCAUUGCCAUAUAGGAGGACCGAUAUGGCGUAUCUAUCUAUCUAUCUAUCUAUCUAUCUAUGUGAGGAUUGCUAAUAUCUAUCUAUCUAUCUAUCUAUCUAUCUAUCUAUGUUUAUCUACUUUAAUAAUACUACUAAUGAAUCUAUCUAUCUAUCUAUCUAUCUAUCUAUCUAAGCAUGUUCAUAUCUAUCUAUCUAUCUAUCUAUCUAUCUAUCUAUAUCUGUCUCGUCUCCUUUUGAGGUCUUUUCUUACUUCCUCUCUUUCUCUUUUCGUCCUGUCUAGGGACUUGGCCGAUGAUGAAGUUGAAAAUGCCUUCCCUCUCUCUUUCGUUUCGGUCUUUCCUCUUUCUUUCUUCUUUUCUUUUUCUGUAAGCUGUCUUCUGUCUCUCUUUCAUCCCGAUGUAAGGGCAUUCCGCAUACAUCGUCAACGAGUCCAUCUAUUCCAUUCGGAGAUGAAUUCUCCUUCUCGUAAUUUCGCGAACACGUCUUUUCAGCCAUUAAGCCUGGACACAACUCUUUUACUUUUCGCAAACACGUGUUUUCGGUCCGUAGGCCUAGACGAGACUCACUUUUUUGUGUUCACUAUUCGUUUCCUUUUUUUUCUUGUCAGGUGGUCAAUUUUCAAAUACGAAAUUUUUCCCAUUAUGGGUGAAAAGAGGUCAUCGACCCCCUCUCUUAUCUGCAGGGUCAGGGAAAGUUUAGAUUAA